AGUGAGUGAGUGAGUGAGCGCUCGGGAGAGAUACACAGAGAGAGAGAGAGAGAGAGCGCAGCGGAGAAGAUGAGCGUAAAAGUGUACUAUACCACAGUGACCGGGUCCAGGGGUGUGAAGUCCAGUCAGGCUGAGGUGAUCCGCGUCCUGGACGCGAAAGGGGUCAAGUACGAGCUGAUCGACAUCUCGCAGGAGAACUCUCUGAAGGAGGAAAUGAGGAAGAAAACAGGGAUUCCCGAUGCUUGUCCACCACAGAUCUUUAACGGGGAGCAGUACUGUGGGGGGCACGAGGAUUUUGUGGAGGCUGUGGAAGGGGAUACGGUGAUGAAGUUCCUGAAGCUGGAUUGACCUCAGACCUGCGGCCUGGGCCUGGCCCAGUGCUGGGGAAGCCCAGGACAGUAGUGACUGGACUCGCCUUCCCACAUGCGGUGCUGAUGUAGUGCUGUGCAAGGCUAAGUGUAGAUUUCUCUAAGGAUGGUAACGGCUUCUCUUUCUGCUGAGCACUUGUUGUUUGCUGGCCAUUAACUCUUUAUCUGCCGGGACCAUGACCCUUUACUGACCUGUCAGGACUACGACCCUUUACCAUCCCCUCCGCCUCCCCCCAAAAUGUAGUGCUGCGCAAUGCCUUAAGUGUAGAUACCCCUAAGGAUGGCGACGGAUUCUCUAUCUGUUGAGUACGCGUCUGCUGGGACAUUAACUCUUUACCUAUCGGGACCAUAACUCUAUACUGAUCUGUCAGGACCAUGACUCUACUCUUUACUCACCUGUCAGGACCAUGUCCCUCUAGCCCCCUCCCCUCCAAGCUCUUUACUGCCCUGCCGGGACCUGAGGGUUGCCAUCUCAGUCUGUUGUAAGUCUUGUUAAUAAUUAGGACUUAGUCGUGUUUGAGGCAUUGGUGAUGAAGAAGAUGAUGUUGGUUGAACUUCUCUUAGAGCAGCAUCUAACGAUAAGAAAGUAUCUAGUGUUGUGAAUGCCAUCCUAGAAAAUGAGUGAGAAAUCCUCCCGCCACUUUUCUCCCCCCCCCCCCAUCCCCGGGACACCUUCUUUCUUGCACCUCCCCCAUUAAACAUCUUCAAAGGGAGUCGUGUC